CUUUUACUUCCUUUUAUCACUUUCACAUCGAUCAAUGGGUACUAAAGAGAAAAAAUCAACCAUCAAAUUUCAAAAGAACAAGCUUAAAAGUGUUUUAAAACGCAGAAAGGAAUCAAAUAAGCUUAAGAGACAAAUUAUCAAGCGUCAAUUACGACGUGGCAAGAAAGAUCCAUAUAAAAAUGAUGAAGAGGAGGAAAUUAAAGAAACAAAAGCAGAAGACUCAAUUGAAGAAGUUCCUCAAGUGAAUGUUGAAGAUUAUUUUUGUAAUUUUGUCCUUGAAACGGAUGAACCUCUUGAAUUAAGCGAUGACGAGGCUGAUUUAGAUGGCUUAGAUGCUUUUGAGGGUAUAGAAGCUCCUAAACAAAAUGAUGAAUUGCAAGAGGAUGUGGAUAUGUCCGAAGCAGACGACAAUAACGACGAUGAUGAAGAAGAAGAAUAUUCUGAUGAAUUUGAAGAUGAGGAUGAAAAUGAUGAGAUAAAUGAUGAAGAUGAUGAUACAGAACUUGUUACUAUGGCUAUGCUUAACGAAUGGUCAGCAGCUGCCUUCAAAAAAUCACCCACAGCAUGGAAAAAGAUGUUAAUGGCAUUCAGAUAUGUGGUUAGAUCAGAUGAGCAUCCAAAAAUACAUUUUACAUAUCGUGUAGAAAGUAGUAAAGUGUAUACUAAGCUUAUUAGAAAUACAUUAAAGGCAGCAUAUCCCAUUUUGAGUCAGCAUAUCUAUUUCUUAAAAAAAGAAAAAUAUCCUGGAAGAACAAAAAAUUGGCCAAAAUUAGAAAAGACAAUCCAAUUGUUUCUCAACAACUGUGUACGAUUUCUUCGUGAAUUAUCUGAAGAUGAUAUAAUUCAGUAUGUACUGGAACAAUUAGAGCCAUGCACAUUAUAUUUCGGUCCUUUUGCUAAAUUAUCUAGAGAAUAUCUGCGAGUAUUGUUAGAUCGCUGGUCAGAUGUUGCACUUUCAGAGGAAACACGCCAUCAAUGCUAUAAAGCGAUUCGUCAGCUUGGUACAGCAGCAAUUGAUGCUAACCGUAAAAACUAUAUGCCAAAUGUCUUGAAGGGUGUUUAUCUCAUUUUUGCAAAUCGUUCUACAAAAAUUAAUGAAGCCAGUUUACCUGUAAUUCAGCAAAUGCUUGAAGAAGCAGCUGAUAUUUAUACUAUCGAUCCUAACCUUAGUUAUGAGCAUGUAACUAUUUAUAUACGUCAACUAGCAGAUCAUUUAAAGCAAGCAAAAAAACAAAAAACAAUAGAAAGCUUUAAACAAAUUUAUACAUGGCAAUACAUUAGUUGUCUUGAUUUCUGGGCUAAUGUUAUUGGUGUGACUUGUGAUCCUACAAUGGGUGAAAAUUCAGCAAUGCAAACACUUGUUCAUCCUCUCGUUGAAGUUAUUUUACAUACUAUUCGAUUAAAUCCUACUCUACAAUUCUUACCUCUUCGUAUUCAUCUCAUUCGUACCUUGACAGGCUUUGUAGAUGCUACAGGCUACUAUAUACCUUUAGCACCAUUUUUAUUUGAAAUCUUGAGUAGCGAUGUCUUUAAAAAUAAUCGUCUACCCGAACAAGAUUUACCAGACUUUGAUUGGUCGCUACAUUUAAAGACUCCAAAGAGUUAUUUACAAUCCAAAAAUUAUCAAGAUGCCGUAUUUAAUGUUAUGUAUGAUUGCUUAAUUGACUUUUAUGCCUGCCAUGGUCUUUCAAUUGCUUUCCCUGAAUUAGCUAUCCCUGCUAUAGACAAGCUUAAAGAAUACCUUAUAAAAAUGAAAGGUACACGUUUUGUUAAAUCAAUUCGUACACUUAUUGAAAGAAUGGAAACACACAAGAAUUAUAUUGAACAAAAGCGUGCGCCAAUUGAAUAUACACCUAAUAAAUUAGAAGAAGCAAAUGCUUUCUUGAGAACGACGGAUUUUGCAGGUACGCCUUUUGGUAAUUUUUUGAAGAAAAGAACUCAACAAAAGGAACAACAACAACAACAACGACGACAAUAAACAUUUUAGAACUACAUUUGUUUAUAUUAUUUUAAUAAUAAAAAAAAAAAAAGAAUAAUUAUUUUUUUCUUGCAGAU